UCAAUUUCGAAAACCCAAACAGAUCUUUCUCCCCCACUCCCCCCUUUCGACCUUCUGCAUUCCGCUUAGCUUUCAGAGAAAAAAUGGCGGACGAUUUUGGUGCUCAAGAUUUGGAGGACGGCGAGCUAUGGCUUCCCUCUGAUUUCUUCUCCAUGGACGAAGCUCAGCUCCCCAGCAAGACCCCUACUCCGGUCGGCAGCCAUUCUUUCUCGAAGGCCACUUGCAUGGUGGGCUUUCAGCGCGUUGCACAUAACAAUGGCCUCUGCGAAGCUCUCCAAACUUUACAGCGGUUCAAGCCGGCUGUUUACGGCGGCGUUUCCCGAGAGGCUGCUCGCGAUCCCUGUGGCCGCGGAAUGAAGAAAAGUUGGACCGGGUGCUUACCUGUUACUCGAUUUCAGAACCCGAACCCGGUCCAGGAUCAGAUUGAGGCCUUUAUGGCCGAAAGGGCUCGAGCAGAAGAGCGACAGCAGCUGAACCGGGUUUUGCUUCAGGCGGGAAUGGGUGCUCGUGGAGGGACAGGCGUAUUUCUGCCUCGCGUUAGCAACACGGCUGCGAAGAAAGGGAAGGGGCCGCGUCUAAACAGUUCUCACAAGUUUCAUCUCCCUCCUUCUAAGAACUUGCUCAACAGAAGUCAAGAAGUGUACAGUGGCUAUGGUCCUACUGAUGAGGUUUGCAUGCCUAACUACUGGAGCUAUUGAGAAUAUAUUUUUCUGCUAAAUUUGUAAUAGCUUUUGCUUCAUGAGAUGCAUGGCACUAGACUAGACUGGAACCAAUAAGUGAUUAGCAUCAUAGAACCUUUGCUGUUUGUAUAUCAGUAGAAAUGGCUGCUUGUCUCUGUCGAUCUUUUGUGUAAAGGAAUAUGAAACUGUUCCGUGUUAAAGGUAAUGUAUGAAAAACAGAAAUAUUUCAAGGAAAUGUAUUAUGAAGGUC